GGGGAGCGCGGGAGGGGGGGGGGGCGGCGCGGGGCGCAGGCGGCUCCCAGUGCUCCGAGCGUGUUCCUGAGGGACUGAGGGACGGAUCCCGGCGGAGAGGAAUAGUUAUCUGCUUAGUCUCAUCCUUCAUAUUCAGCAAUCUGAAGAAAAGGUCUGAGCCAGCAUGAAGACAGAAUCCCCUCUUCAUUAGAGAAAAACUUUCUGCUCGCCGCAGUUCAUUUCAAGGAGUGCACGAUGACAGAGCGUGGAAUUAAAUGGGCCUGUGAGUAUUGUACAUAUGAGAAUUGGCCUUCUGCAAUCAAGUGCACCAUGUGUCGUGCCCAGAGACCCAGUGGAACAAUUAUCACAGAAGAUCCUUUCAAAAGUGGCUCCAGUGACAUCGGGAGGGACUGGGAUCCUUCGAGCACUGAAGGAGGGAGCAGUCCUUUGAUCUGCCCGGAUUCCAGUGCAAGACCCAGGGUUAAAUCAUCCUACAGCAUGGAAAGUGCAAAUAAAUGGUCGUGCCACAUGUGCACGUACUUGAACUGGCCCAGGGCUAUCAGGUGUACCCAGUGCUUGUCCCAGCGCAGGACCAGGAGCCCCACGGAGUCCCCUCAGUCCUCGGGCUCCGGCUCCAGGCCCGUCCCUUUGGCCGUGGAUCCGUGUGAGGAGUACAAUGACAGAAACAAACUGAACACGAGGGCUCAGCACUGGACUUGUUCUGUUUGUACAUAUGAAAACUGGGCCAAGGCCAGGAAAUGUGUUGUGUGUGACCACCCCAGACCCAACAACAUCGAAGCAAUAGAACUGGCAGACACAGAAGAGGCUUCUUCCAUCAUAAACGAGCAAGACAGGGCUCGGUGGAGAGGCAGCUCCAGCAGUGGUAAUAGCCAAAGAAGAUCUCCACCAACAACCAAACGUGAAUCUGAUGUGAAAAUGGACUUCCAAAGAAUUGAAUUGGCUGGAGCUGUUGGCAGCAAGGAGGAGCUUGAAGUUGACUUCAAAAAACUAAAGCAAAUAAAAAAUAGAAUGAAAAAGACUGACUGGCUGUUCCUAAAUGCUUGUGUGGGAGUUGUGGAAGGUGACCUGGCUGCUGUGGAAGCCUACAAGUCGUCCGGAGGGGACAUUGCCCGGCAGCUGACGGCGGACGAGGUGCGGCUGCUGAACCGCCCGUCCGCCUUCGACGUGGGCUACACGCUCGUGCACCUGGCCAUCCGCUUCCAGAGGCAGGACAUGCUGGCCAUCCUCCUCACCGAGGUGUCCCAGCAUGCAGCCAAGUGCAUUCCUGCCAUGGUGUGUCCCGAGGUCACGGAGCAGAUCCGCCGUGAAAUCGCUGCAUCUCUGCAUCAGCGCAAGGGAGACUUUGCCUGCUAUUUCCUGACUGACCUUGUCACCUUCACCUUGCCUGCAGAUAUUGAAGAUUUACCGCCCACAGUCCAGGAAAAAUUGUUUGAUGAAGUACUUGACAGAGAUGUUCAGAAAGAGCUGGAGGAGGAGUCUCCCAUCAUUAACUGGUCCCUGGAGCUGGGGACACGGCUGGACAGCCGGCUGUACGCGCUGUGGAACCGCACGGCCGGGGACUGCCUGCUGGACUCGGUGCUCCAGGCCACCUGGGGCAUCUACGACAAGGACUCCGUGCUGCGCAAGGCCCUGCACGACAGUUUACACGACUGCUCCCACUGGUUCUACACACGCUGGAAAGAGUGGGAAUCGUGGUAUUCCCAAAGCUUUGGUUUACAUUUCUCCUUGCGAGAGGAACAGUGGCAGGAAGAUUGGGCAUUCAUUCUCUCUCUUGCAAGCCAGCCUGGAGCGAGUUUGGAGCAGACACACAUUUUUGUACUUGCACAUAUUCUUAGAAGACCAAUUAUAGUUUAUGGAGUAAAAUAUUACAAGAGUUUUCGGGGAGAAACAUUAGGAUAUACCCGCUUCCAAGGUGUGUAUUUGCCUUUGUUAUGGGAACAGAGUUUUUGUUGGAAGAGUCCCAUAGCUCUGGGCUACACGAGGGGCCAUUUCUCCGCCCUGGUUGCCAUGGAGAAUGACGGCUAUGGCAAUCGAGGCGCUGGUGCUAAUUUGAACACUGACGAUGAUGUUACUGUUACUUUUCUACCCUUGGUGGACAGCGAGAGGAAAUUAUUGCACAUUCACUUCCUUUCUGCUCAAGAGAUAGGCAACGAGGAGCAGCAGGAGAAGCUGCUGCGGGAGUGGCUGGACUGCUGCGUGACCGAGGGAGGGGUCCUGGUGGCCAUGCAGAAGAGCUCCCGCCGGCGCAACCACCCGCUGGUCACCCAGAUGGUGGAGAAGUGGCUGGACCGCUACCGCCAGAUCCGGCCCUGCACGUCCCUGUCCGACGGCGAGGAGGACGAGGAUGACGACGAUGAGUGAGGGGGAAUAAAGUGCAAAUGAGCAGCGCAGAGUGUGUGCCCCCGAGUGAGCGUUGUGCUGUAGCAGUUGGGUGUGGAGCGACCCAGGUUAGGGGAUACAUGCUGGGAAGGAUUCUCCGACGGCACGGGGAGAGGAUGGAACGCUCAUCCUGCUGCCCGGAGAGAGCCGAGUGGGCUGGACUACAGUUUGUAUAAAAACACGAAAAAGAAACAAAAAACAGCUAAUUUUAUUAUCAAGAUGGAAAAAAAAAAAAAACCAACCAAACCAAACCGACCCCAUUUUUCUUUCUGACUGUAAAUCUGUCUAUAAAUGUACCGCAUGUGGUUGUGUAAGAGGUUGUGUAAUAGGAAACGUAUACCAGCAUCU